AUGGAAGCUAAGACGAUCGUCCUGAAGUCAUCGGAUGAUGUGAAGUUCGAGGUGGAGGAAGCCGUCGCCGCCAUGUCACCGAUUAUCAAGCCGAUGAUCGACAACGACGGCGCCUCAAACGCCAUUCAAAUCCCGUACUCGUCGGAGGUGCUUUCGAAGGUGAUCGAGUACUGCAGGAAGCACGCCGGAGAGGAAUCCGAGGAGAAUCUGAAGGAAUUCGACGCCGAGUUCGUAAAGCUCGACAUCGACGAGCUGCUUGACCUGUCCACGGUUGCACAUAGCCUGAACAUCCAAGGGUUGCUUGACAUCACGUUGCAGACUGUGGCGGACAUGAUGAAGGGCAUGUCUAUUGAGGAACUUCGCAAGCUUACGAGAAUUCGUGAUGCCUUAGCCCAUGCGGAGGAGGAAGAAAUUCGCCGGCAGGCGAUGUGGGAUGACUUGGAGUGA